AUGGUUGAGUUCCAGCACGAUUGGCCACUUGCAUCAGCGUUGAUAGAGAGGUGGAGGCUUGAGUCCUACACGUUUCAUCCUCCAUGCGGGGAGAUGACUAUCACCCUACAAGACGUGGCCUAUCAGCUGAGACUCAGGAUCGACGGUGAUCCUGUGGGUGGAUGCAUAGAGGACAAACAAUCACAGACCAAGUGGACUGUGAAGCUCACUUGGUUCCACAACACGGUUUGUAGUGAGCUGGAGCAAGACACCACAGAGGAGCGCCUAAUGAGGUACACGAGAGGGUACAUCAUGCAGCUGAUAGGGGGUAUCCUAUUCCCAGAUGCAUCUGACUCUCGAGUGUACAUCAGGUGGCUCUCCCUACUGGUGGACCUUAACACGUAUGGCUGGUUAUCGUGGGGCUCGGCUGUGCUGGCAUGGCUAUACCGCCAGAUGUGCCAUGCCAUGGAGCAUGGUCAGUGCAAUUUGGGUGGGUGCGUCAGCUUACUGCUGUCCUGGGCCUAUCACCAUUUUUUGCUGUUACGGCCUGAUGGCUUUAAUACUCGUCGGUUUUCACUUAUCGAAAGGUGGAUUCAGUACUGGCCGGACAAUGCCAGAGGCGAGAGCAGGCUUAGGCAUUACAGGUGUACCCUGAAUGGGAUUGGGAUGCUGAAUGUUGAUUGGAUGUCGUAUGCUAACCCACAGCUGAUUGGUAAAGUUCCACCGGCGAUAGCUGAGGCAGAGGCCUUGGCGGCGCUUGUCUGUCUGCUGCUUUGCUUCGCUAUCAUCGAGUGGCAUCAGGUGGACGGGGUGGUACGUCAGUUCGGUGGCCUGCAGCACAUUCUGACCAGGCCACUGAACAUUGAUGAGAUGCACAGACUAGAUGGUCGGUUCGGGCGAGAUGAGUGGUUCCCGUAG